UUUUUGCUUACUUCACUCUCAGUAUCACAAGUGAAACAUUGGGGUGUGAGUGUCAAGACUUAGCACUGAGAAAGAGAAGUAGCACAGGAAGUGACUGAGGUCUCGGUUAAGGCAAAGAAACGGUGAUGCUCACCCAGAUGCUUCAAUUCUCCAACUAGACGGCGCAGUGCAGCAGACAUUUUCUGCUCGGGGUUCCAACCAGUUCUGGUUGGUUAGACAAACAGGCUGGAGGGGGGCCUUGGGUCCAGUCUGCUGAAGAGGAUUUCUUCCAGGAAGUCUCAUCAGCGUAACAACAGUCCACAGCCCCAAGAGGCCAAUGAAAUGGGGGGAAGUGGAGAUGACAGCGGGCCAGGGAGGCUGAGCCGCAGAUUGUCUCGCCUGGGCAGCAGGCAUCAGUCCAGGGAUCCUCCGAGACCCCCAGCUCAACCAGAAAGACCUCCUGCUCCGCCCGUUCAACAAGAUGACUGGCCACCAGCACCACCACCAGCUCCAGCUCUAGCUCCAGCUCCUCUGCCCCCACCCAUGGAAAUGCCACCUAAACGCCCAGACAAAGCCACAAAGCCAAAACUUCCCCCUCGGCCACUGUCUAAAGUGUUCAGUAGUACUGAACAUGGAGCAGCUGUGUUGCAGGGCUUAAAUACCUUUCGGGCAGAUGAGACUCUAUGUGACGUCAUCUUGGUUCCUGGGGACAGCAAGGAAACUUUCCCAGUCCACAGAGUCAUCAUGGCUUCAUCCAGUGACUAUUUCAAGGCAAUGUUCACAGGAGGCAUGAGGGAGCAGGAGAUGAGAGAGAUCAAGCUGCAUGGGGUCACUAAGUUGGGUUUAAAGAACAUUAUAGACUUCAUUUACACAUCCAAAGUCAGCCUGGACUUGAGUAAUCUCCAGGAUACGCUGGAGGCUGCAAACUUCUUGCAGGUCAUGCCUGUCCUGAGGUUCUGUAAUCAGCUUCUGAGCCAUGAGCUCACGAUUGAUAACUGUGUGGAGGUGGAGCGCAUUGCCACAGACUUGCUUCUGGAGGACGUUCAGCAGAAUAUAGGUGAGUUUGUGAGCCAGAACCUUUCAGCGUUGGUGGAGUGUGGCCACUACCUCCAGCUCUCUGAAACCACCAUGGCCAACGCUCUGGCCAGCAACUCCCUGGUGGGUUUCUCUGAGAUGGAGCUUUACAACAUUGCUAGGAGAUGGCUGGAACAUGACUCUCCCAAUCGGCGCUCCUCUGUCUUUGCCUUGAUGCGCCAUAUUCGCUUCCCACUGAUGAGCCCCUCUGAGCUGAUUCAGAUCUCCCAGGAUGAUGAAGAUGGUGACGAAACCAUGAUGCGUUCUAACACGGCCUGCGUGAACCUCCUGCUGGAGGCCAGCAACUACCAGAUGAUGCCUUUCAUGCAGCCGGCUCUGCAAACUGAGCGGACAAAAAUACGCUCAGACGCCACACACAUUCUGGCACUGGGCGGUGUGAUGCGACAGCAGCUGGUGGUGAGCCGGGAGCUGAGGCUGUACGAUGAAACCACCGGCCAUUGGAAGGCCCUGAAGCCCAUGGAUGUGCCGCGUUAUCAGCAUGGUGUGGCUCUUCUAGGCGGCUUCCUCUUCAUAGUUGGAGGCCAAAGUACUUACGACACCAAGGGUAAGACAGCCAUAGACAGUGCCUACCGCUAUGACCCCCGCUUUGACAAGUGGCUUCAGAUUGCUUCACUGAAUGAGAAGAGGACUUUCUUCCACCUGAGCACUCUGAAGGGGAAAUUGUUUGCAGUCGGAGGACGUAAUGCCUCAGGAGAGAUUGACACGGUGGAAUGCUACGACCUAAAGAAAAAUGAAUGGACAUUUGUGACAAAUAUGGUGGAGCCUCACUACGGACAUGCUGGAACGGUUCAUGGGGACCUCAUGUACAUUUCAGGUGGCAUCACCCGUGACACCUUCCAGAAAGAGCUUUGGUGUUAUGAUUCUGUCAGUGACACAUGGAGCCAACGAGCUGACAUGACGGAGCUCCGUGGCCUGCACUGCAUGUGCACAGUGGGAGACAGACUCUACGUCAUGGGCGGGAAUCACUUCCGAGGCAGCAGCGAUUAUGACGACGUCCUGGGCUGCGAAUACUACAGCCCAGAGACAGACCAAUGGACAGUGGUGGCAGCAAUGCCUCGGGGCCAGAGCGACGUUGGUGUGACAGUGUUUAACGGUCAGAUCUAUGUGGUGGGAGGGUAUUCCUGGAACAGCAGAUGCAUGGUCGACAUUGUGCAGCGGUAUGAUCCGGAGCAGGAUCUGUGGGACAGGGUGUUCAAUGUGCUGGAGCCUCUGGGGGGGAUUCGUGCUUGUACAAUGACCGUUUAUCUGCCAGAGGGGUCAGUGGAUGAGGCUCAGAUACAAGAUUGUCCACUGCCCACAGCUAAGAGCUGAUUAUGCACCACAGAUGGGGAGUUUCCGACUUGUGCCACUGUUUGCCUGUGUCUUGUGGCAAAACAGGAAACAGUGUGGGUUGCAAGCUGCAGGUGCAGGCAUGGCUAGCCAGCUGACAUUAGCAUUCAACAGUUUGAAACAUGUACAUACAGUCAGCUUGUAGCGUCCCCCCUGAUCUGCUGCUCGUGUUCGCUCACUCUGCAGUAUUAGUACGUGAAAGAAAACGCUCAAUAUGUCCCUAAUGAAAGGUCAAACCUACCCUCCCUCUCAAAUUGGUUCGAAAUUGAUUUACUGGACAUUGGAUCAGUCGGACAGAAAUUCAUCUUUUCAUUGAAAUAUGUGAAACUUUUAGGUUUAGAAAAGGAAAUGAUGUGAUCAAAUAACAAUGCUGGCAUUAUUUUAUCUUUUUAUUAAUCUCCACCAUUCAUCUCCAAGACCAAAAACAACGUCAGCAUGCCUGUCAGAACUGUCGCCUGAGAUGACGCACAAGCUGAGGGAAAUAAACAGAAGCCAGGAUGUGGCUCUUUUAGGAAUUUGUAAUGAUAAAGGAGUUCUGUGGCACAAAAUAUGACGUAACGACAUACCUUUAUCAUGAUUUGGAACUUAUAUUUUGAACCUUGCUCUAAUUCUGUGAUAGAAAAGUCAUUUCCCAUAAAUUCUGAGCAAAGAGAGAAAUCAGCAUAACCUCACUGUCACAGUAGAGUCAUGUGGACUGUUCAGCUGAUUUCUCCUGAACCAUUGUAAGUCAAUGAGUCAUUACUGUUUGAUACUGAUUCAUCUGUACAUUGCUGCUUCUAUAAAUAUGCUUUAAAACAAGCAAAGUCAUUUACUCUCACCACGAGGAAAAUAUAUGUUUGAUUUAUUAUGUUUUGUAUAUUUCUAUUAUUAUGCAAUGUUUUAAUAUGAAAAUAAAAUGAUUAUGAUCUUUA